AUGGCCACCGGAGACACAGCACUAUGGCUGCACAAUAAGUUAGGAUCAACGGACGAUUUGUGGUCUGGGAAGACAAUAUGCGCUCAACUGUCACAGCAAAAACUCCAGAGCAUUCACCAAUGUUUCCACGCACUCCAGCCUCAUGUCAAAGUGAAGCUUAUGUUGUCAUUCCUUCAUAUUCAUCGCCGAAAUGUAGAACAGUGGCGAAUGGACAUGGAGGAGAUAUUACUGAUGGCUAUACAUGACAGUGACCAGUGGGUAUCCAUGGUCGGGGAGAUACUCAGACCCUUCCCAUCUACUGGGUCACUCAAUCUUGACCUCAACGAUAACAAUGCCACCUUUACAGAGAUCCUGACAGAUCUCAAUAAAGUUGUAAAGAAAGCUGCAAGUGUUCGAAUGCUGCCAAUGGAGUGCCAGUUUCUGAACAAGACUGCCUUCACUGCCGUGGCUGGGGCUCAGCCAGCACCAGUGAAACAUUUUGCCUUGAAGAGAAAGCCAAAGUCUGCCAUUCUUAGGGCUGAACUUUUACAGAAAUCAUCUGAAGUAGCAUCAAACAAGAAGAAUAAUAUUCCUAACAGCAUACCAGUAAAGAUGCGUAGCUUUGCCAAGAAAAUGGAUGAUGGCACUCCCUUAAAAGGCAUGCCUGGACGGACUGCCAGCACUCCAGGAUUUAGGUCACCUUCAGCAGGACUCAAUCGCCUAAAUUCAUCUCCAAUGGGAGGUGGAACACCCCUGUCUUCUCAUCGACCCAAUUCCAUGCGUAAAGAAGGCGGUAUUAAGCUCUUAGAUUUGGAAGCACUACCUGUCGGAGCAAAGGAAGCAAAACGACGUAAAAAGAUUGCAGAUAUGGAGGAGAUGGAGUCCAAGAAAAAAGAAAAGGAGGCAGUGGUAGCAUCUACAGCCACAGCAACAACAACAGCUUCUUACACGCCAGACUAUGCUGCAGGACUGGUGUCUGGUCCAACAGCUAAAAUUGCAGUUGUGUCAGUAGGAAGUACAAACAGUGUCACCACUACCCCUACAGCAUCCUAUGUCCCAGCCACAACAUCAAGGGUUCUCAACCCCUCAGUCACACCCUUCCAAGCAGCCUCUCUAUCCAGUACCACACAACAGGCCAGGGAAAACCUCCAGCAACAGCUUCAACAGCUCAACAAAUCCACGCGACCAGGAGGGGGCACAAGUGACACCCCCUCCUAUAACCCCUCAGAGCCAACCCCCACUUCAGAUGCAACAGCCCCCACAAGUACCCCUACACUUACCACAGUCCUCACUCCACAGCUGGUGCAGCCAGCCACCACCAACACCACCCCCACACAGCCCACACCUGUUAUGCCCACACCACAGCCGGGACAGCCAAAGAAGGGACUGUCACUUACGAGAGAACAAAUGUUGGAAGCGCAAGAAAUGUUUAGGACAUCAAAUAAAGUUACAAGACCAGAAAAGGCCUUAAUCCUUGGCUUCAUGGCGGGAUCAAGAGAAAACCCAUGUCCACAGCAAGGCAGUGUAUUAAGCAUUCGUCUGAGUGAGAACAAAGAAAUGGUUUCACAAAUAGACUCUACUCAGAAAACCAUGAUUGCAGACACUUUUUUCCAAAUGAAUUAUCAGACAGGUGAAUGGAAACGCAUAAAAAAAUACCGGGAGUGUGCUGAAUAAAACAAAAGAAGCUACAGUCAUUGUCAUAAACAGUAUUUGGUGCAGUCGUGUAUCAAUUUUGGUUUGUUAAAUUUGACCAUCAUGUUGACAUUUGUCAGUAUGAAGUGUUUACAUGGAAGUGUUCGUGAUAUGAAGUCUUUCUGGUCUGUAUAUUUAUUUAAGAAAAUUUUGGUACCAUGUUAUAGUUUUUUGUGAUCAACAUCAGAGCGAAAGCAUAUAUAUUUUUUAAAUGUAUGGAAAUAUAUUGUCUUUCAUAGAUGAAGGCAAGGUGGUCACAAACAUCAUGUUGCUUGUUUGAGAUUUUUAUCAGCAAUUUGUUUUAUUUUGUGAAUGUUUUAAAUUAAUUGAUAAGAUACCAGUAAGUGAGAUUCCUCUUUGCACAAAGUGUGUCCAUCUCAGUACAAUGUAGAUAAACCUUGAUGUAACUCUUUAUGACUUCUUGGAUUACCACACUGUAUAUUCAUUCACCGUCUCUAAAACACAUCUCAGCGUGAGCAUGAUAUUAAUAGAAUGGGAUUACAAGAGACCCGUGAUUUUACCUUCAACAAUAUCUAUGUGGUGGUUGAUGUCAUACUGGUAAGAAAUGAUAUUCUUGUUGUUCUGUUUAAAAUCAGACACAGCCCCAACCUCUCAUUGCACCAUUGGAAAAGGACUGAUUGUAAUGAUGUGAAGUCUGUAUUGCAGAAAAUUUUUGGAUGGAUGUAUAUUUCACAAUUUUACAUUUAAAGAAAAUAACUAGGAUGACAUAUGAGUAUGAAGUUAAAUUUUGCUGGCUUUGACAUGAAUUAUGCAAAAUAGUAUCUUCAGAUUUAACAGACUAAUACACAACAGCCUCAGAUGGACAUUGGAUUUCUCAGAAGCCAUGUAUUGAUCAAACUUUUGUUUUCUCAACGACAUAUUUGGAAACAGCUUAUUGUUUAUGCUGAGGUAGAUGGUUGAGCUGUGAAAUUGGCUACAAGAAAUAGUAGGUAUUGAUGGGCGAUGCCUUUUUGGUUGAGAGAUAGGGUUUACAAGCCAGACCAGCAUGACCUGUAACUAUAUAAGUGUUUAGAUUUAUAGUCGAAUGGGUGGUUACAAAUUUUCUGUCUCUGCCACCCUUCCUUUUAUAUACUCUUCUAUGACAAAGAUUGCUCAACUAAAUAUACUAAUUACGAAACGGAAACCACCAGACUGUGGUAAAAUUUCAUGGGUCAAUAGUUACUGCAUGAUAUUAUUAGAUUGUAUCAAGACCACUUUUUUCUCUUGUUGAAAGUUUAAAAAAAUCUUUAUUGCUAAUCUGCCAUUCCUUUGGAAAUAUAAAUCAUUGUCAGAGUAUUUGUAAUAAAACAGGACAGUCUGUUUAUACGCAAAAUUAUGAACAAAACUGUUUGCUGUGAUAGAACAUGACCAAGACAGAAGUAGGAGCGGUAAAUUAGUUCCUAAUAUGCUGAUUCAGGUCCAAGUGCUAGAUGGCACUUUUUGUCUUGCUGCUUAAUAUCUUGCUUUGAUUUGUAUGUUUCUUGUAGAUCUGUUGUUUCUUUACAUCAGGUGCUUUGAAAUCUAAAAAGUAAAACUACAAACUUUAUUUUAUCAGUAUAGAAGCAUUAUACAAGUCCAUAUAUAUUAUUUGCUAGUCAUAUCAGCAUAUUGCAUCACGGGAAAGGUUGUAUUUGUGGAGGAUAUUCUCUUUUUAUUUUGAAGAUAAUUAUAUCAAUUCACAUUAAAAUAUUGUCAACAUAUUAAGUCAAUACCUCUUCUUUUUUUAUGGUAGUCAAAUUUUGAUUGGCAUUAAAUUUAUUGUACAAGUUCUUUCCAAUGGCCUUCAUAUCAGUUGAAGUAUAAUGCUUUGAGUUCAGCGUGUGAAUAUUUUUUGGGGGUUGGAUGGGGAGGAAGGGAGGGCGAUGGUAGUUAAGGACAUGAAUGGGAUUUUUUUUUUAAGGCGUAAUUUUCAGGUUAAAUUUUUUUUGGUAAGUUUUCUUGAAAGGAUUUAGCAUACCAUACUAGGAUUUCAAUUCUUUGCACAAAAUAUUUGAUAUCGGUUAAUGACAAAAAGGAGGAUUUUUUUCUCAUUUAUUUCUUCUUUUUUUUCUUUUUCUUUUUUUUUGACUUUUGUAAUGCUAAGAUUGUAACAAAUAUACUGCUAGAAUUGUGAUUCUUUACAUGAAUGUUCUGAUGAAGCAUAACUGUGGUUCAUUAAUGAAUUUACAUUUUGUAGUGGGGAGAGGGGAAAGCCUUUCUAGGACCCUACACAAAUGACUAUAGUACAUUGUUACCAUUUUGUGUAUUUUUUGUCUAUAAUUUUAUUUACCAUCUCAUCACACUAUUUUCGACCUUACUGUACAGAGGAUUUUAGCACAACCAAAAAAGAUGGUCGAUUCCUUACCAUCUCAAACACUACUACAUCAGUGCUAGUACACUCCACACUAGUCAUUUGUCUGAUGAAGGCAACCAUAUAGUCAUUGAAACAUCACUCUCUAAUCUGCUACUGGUUUUGUUAUAAGAACUUCUAUUCUAUUGACAUUACCAACCUGAAGAAGGUGUUCCGAAAAUGACAUUAUUGUUGACAUAGAAGGGAAAAAAAACCAAGAAUAGUCACCUCUGAAUGUUUAUAAUUUCAUUCACAAGUCAUAUUGAACCUUGUUGUUUAGAUAUAGCAAUGGCAACAAAUCUAUUAGGUGAUAUUCUCUGUUUGUUUAUAUUUUCUUACAUUAAUCAUUGCUUGCUUAAUUUGUUACUGGGUGAAAGAUUGAGACAGAGAUUGUGACUAGGGUGAUAGGACAGUGUUUAUUAAUGUGGACAGCAAUAAAAUAUUAUG